AUGGAAUUGCUGCGGCAGCAGUUUGCCACGCAACUCUUCCGCGAAGCAAAAGCCUUCCAUUCUAAGCGAUCGCUUUCUCCCUUGGACACUGAGUGGCUCUCCUCCGCCACCCUCGAGGAUGAUCGAUCAGAAUUGGUGCAGCGCUUGCGGGCCUUGCAGUCCCGAGUGCAGCAAGCAGAGGCAUCCUUUGUAGAGGCCAGCGAUGAACUUCUGGAGGAGAUCCGUGAGAUGACGGCAUCUUUGAAUGAGAUCUCAGCUGUGGUGCCCAAAUGCGCUGCGCGCCUUUGCUUUCAGGUGGAGAAGGCCCUGGCGGAGCUGGAAAGUCGAUUUCAGGCUGCACGGCAAGUGGAAAAAGAAGAAGUUGGAACCUCCCUGCCGGUGACAGGCGGUCACACAGCGGACAUUCUCCGGCUUUCUUGUGAACAAGCAGAUGCUGUGGAACAUCCGCACAGCUUGUUCCUUCAAGGUCGUUCGGGUACUGGCAAGACACUUGUGUUGAUCCAUCGCAUCAUUGGCCGAAGGGAGAAGGCGGAGAAGGAGGGAAGGCCAAUGCCAUCUCAGCUCUUCGUCACGAAAUCGCUUCUGUUGAAAGACAGCGUGGUGCAACAAUUGAGCUCAGCAGGUGUCCCUGUGACCUCUGUGAUGGGGUCGGUGGCAUCGCCUCAGUCUGGCGUGAUGUGCCUUUCAUGGAACCAGCUGGCGUCUCAUUUUGGAGCAGGAUCAGCCAUGAGCUUUUCGGUCUUUGAAGUUCAGAUCUUUCCGAGCCUGCAGGCUGCCUGUGGUGGCUUGUCGGCCCUCUCCGCCAAGACUGUGUGGACUGAGUUUACUUGUGCAUUGCGGCCCUUCACUGGUUGGCACUGGAACGGAAUCAGCCUAGACGACUACCUGAAAAACGAGGUGAGCGGGCAAGGUGUUCAACUCACACCUAGCAACCGGCGUGCCAUCCACCGAGCCUUCUCUAUGUACACGAUCAUCAAGGAACGCACUGGUCAGCGCGAUGAAGUCGAUGCUGCGAUGACACUCCGUGACCUGCUAUCAAACAGAUCGUGGUAUGACGAGGUCUACGUGGAUGAAGUGCAGGACUUUGCCCCCGCCCAACUCUCGGCGUUUAUUCAGAUGUGCCGGCGCCCAGAUGGCUUCACCGUUGUCGACUGGGCCAAGGCCAACCUUCAAGUCUUGCGCUACAACUACCGUUGUGCGCCUGGCAUUCGGGUCUGGGCCAACACCGUCACGGGGCUUCUCUUCUCUCGCUUUCCUCGAUCCUGUGAUCACAUCGAAGAGAUUGGUGAGGCCAAAGUCCAGGAGAUCUUUUUGACCACUAAGAUCCCUGGCCCUAUCGGCAGGAAUGCCACGCACCAGAUGAUCCUCACUGAGACCUUGCCAAAGCUCGGGAUGGACUAUGUGGAUUUGGUCCUCAUCCACUACCCAUGUGCAGACCUCAAGGACUUCCCCAACAAAUGUGGCGCCGCGCAGCACGCUGAGCGCCUCGACACCUGGCGCGGGCUGCAGGAGCUGCGCAGCGCUGGGAAGAUCCGGGCGAUCGGCGUGAGCAACUACAAUGCCGAGCAGGUUGAGGAGGUGAUUCAGGAGUUCAAAGAGGUUCCUGCUGUGAACCAGGUUCAAUUUCAUUUGGCCUAUCACAAUGAGACUCUCUUGAAGUCCGGCGUCAGACUUGAGGCUUGGGCGUCCUUGGCCGGGCCCACGGCCUCCUACCAGCAGGUGCCCAGCAUCUCCCUCACCGACCCGCGCUUGAUGGCCCUGGCACAGCGCUACGGUGUCAGCAGCGCGCAGGUGGAACUCCGCUGGGAGACACAGAAGGGCGUCGUUCCCAUCACAGCCACUUGUACCAAGGCGCACGUGCUGGGUGACCUGGACAUCUUCAACUUCACCCUAUCGGCCCAGGACAUGGAAUACUUGGACAGAUUGAUGCCCACGGAGAUGGAGGAGUAUGCGUGAGACAUGAGCAGAGGAGCAGAGCUGAAGCACCGUGAGAAUGCGAUGUUGAGACAGCUAAACCAGCUAAGCUCACUCGCGAGACCGCUGGAGGACAGGCGUCACAGACCGUUACAGCGAAAAGACUUCUGGGGGUUGGAGGAUUGGAGAAUCAUCUGAGAGGCUCUGGUUUCAGGAUGUUUCAGGUGAGAACUUUCAGUCUCACCACCAGACCUGACACAGACCAACCAGAUCCAGAGCAUUGCCACAAGAGAGGUGGGUUGGUUGUGUGAAGUUGUGGUGUUUUAGACGUUUGGACAGAUAUGACUUGCCGACAAACGAAAACAUCCAGACUUGUUGGACUUGCCUGGUCUAGUGGCCUCCACUGAUCGGGAGUGCACCCGUUUCUGCGCACGUUCAGGUGGUGGCCGGGUACGUGGAAGUCUGUCCUGGAGAAGGGCCGCGCUACGGAGA